GACGACGUGCGCAGUGAUUGCUUGUCUGUGUGUGUAUUUGGGGGGUUGAAGUAUUGCAAUUGCAACAAGGCCGUGGCGAUGGCGCUACGCAGCGUAGCUCGCAAUCUCCUGCGACAGGGAGCAGUCGCACAGCACUUAUCAAAGCAUCCAGGUAGAAAGACCUAUGUAGCUGACAAUCAUCACGUAGAAUGGGAUUUCAAAGGGCAACGUCAGAUUGUUCCCGUAGGUCACCGAGUGCCGAUUGUGGCUGUGGACGCAUUUGUCGCGCCCAAUGUGGUUCUCGCGGGCGCAGUGGACGUGCAGGAUCGAGCCACAGUGUGGUAUGGUUCGGUGCUGCGGGGUGAUUUGAACCGCAUCGUUGUGGGGUUUUCGUCGAGCGUCGGGGACAAGUGUGUACUUCACGCCGUGAGCACGGCGCCCACGGGGCUGUCUGCGGAGACUCUGAUCGGUAAGUACUGCACCAUUGGGUCGUUUAGUACACUGAGGUCCUGUACCGUGGAGGAUGAAGCCGUUGUAGGGCAGAGGUGCGUGCUGCUGGAAGGGUCGCUGGUGGAGAUGAAUUCCAUGCUGGGGUCGGGGUCGUUGUUGCCGCCUGGAAGGAGAGUUCCGGCCGGUGAGCUAUGGGCUGGAAACCCGGCGAGAUUCGUUAGGAUGCUUACGAAUGAUGAGAUUAUGUCGAUUCCUAAGCUGGCGGAUGGGUUGCGCGAGCUUGCACAGGAACAUGCGCAGGAGUUCUUGCCCUAUGGUACUGCGUAUUUAGAGGUUGAGAAGCUGCGGGAGAAGCACCUAUUAUCAAUGUGAAGGACGAAUGUCUAAAAGGUGAACGAACACGGUGUCGGCACUGACAAUCAUCCAUCCUGAGCUGAUUCUGAACCCGAUCAACCACGGAGCAACGUUUCCAUCACUUCGUAAGGGCAAAUCACCAAGGUCUUGUCUCUACAACCAUGUCCUCCAGGGCUCUUUCUGAUCCUGAAGCAGCACACCAUUUGCUUUUCUUACAUAAUUGAUUUUGAUUCUAAAUUUAGUGCGACUGUGCCAGCAUGUACUUAUACCAUAUCUAUCGCAGUAAGUUCAGUUAGCUCCUAUAUAAGCUUGCAAUAUUCUUCAACGUUCAACCGUCGUGGUGAAGGGGUGCUUCAGGAUUCCUGAGUGAAAUUCCCCGAGCUUACGGGCAGAGAUGCCAUCCCGGAAGGGAAGACCCGUUCGACGAAGCCUGUCCAGCGGCGCAGAAAAGUUGGACAUCGAGCCCUCGAGGCAGGCUCGCAGCGGCAGCUUGCUACAGCACAGUAAUGCAGCCCAACCCUGCAGUAGCAGUGUGUUAACCGAAUGGGGAUUACUCUCGCCAUGAUCUCUUUUUUAGUAACAAACUUUACAUGGACGAGGUCUGACUUAACUAUGAGUCUGGGUUAUUUGAGUCACAUGUACAAUUUUACUAUUUGGAACAAAAUCAUGCAACAGCAGCACCUCUUAGAACCA